AAACGCACUCUUCAAUAUUUGAAGAGUGCAUCACGCAGAGCAGCACUUUGCGCGAGAAUUGCAGCAAGAGAAAUUGACCACAGUUUGUGACGAGACUUCUUCAUCAUCAUAGCAACUUUAUAGUUUCUAGCUAUUAUUGUAUAGCUGGAAGACGAUUCGAAAGGCGCUUUUGUCCGGACACAAAUGAUCAUCGCUCUUCAGCUGCGUGGUUCGCAAUAUAAAUAUUCGCGACGCCAAGCGUUCGCAAGUUGUUUCUGCGGCGCACACGUUCCUACCUUAUGACAUGCGAGGGCUAUAUACAAGAGAAUUGCGCGUUGCACGUGAUCUUACGCGAAAACUGAAGUCGCGAAGAUAGAUCGAUCCCGCGGAAGCAACCUCUGACAGAGACACCAGGAUUAUUCAGUAAUUAGCGGAUCACGAUGACAGUUUUACCCAUGAUACCGUUUUUCCUAGGCUAUCUUGCACAGAAUACAAGCAACGUUACGCCCUCAUACAUAUUCCACGUGCAGAUAGACACGUUAAUCUCCGGCGAACAAGAAACACGUUAUGAUGGCGGCAACUUCGGCAUGAAGUUCAAAUUGAUAUGUCAGCCGUAUAUAUAUCAAAGUUUAAAAUGUCACAUCUCGAAGAUCACUUCUAGUUCACCGAGCAUGGGCCCCGCACUCUACGACUUUUUUACACCGAUAGUCUUCACCAAUAUACCUUGCGUAAUAAACUUCGAUUCGAAAGGAGCAACGAGUUAUUACUUAUUGAAGGAAAACGUGAAAGACAAGGAGAUUGUGUUGGAAGUAUUCCGGUUUAUCGGGCAUCAGCUGAGCGUCGGUGUUGACCUCACCCAUUGGGGCUACGAAUUCAACGCGUUCGAGGACACCGUUAUGGGCACAUGCGCGACAAUGUACAGGAUAACUCAAAAGAAGGCUUUCAAUUAUAUAAAGUAUUUCGAGCUGGUUUCCUUAAUUCCGAAGGCAUCAUACAUUAUGAAGAAGAACGAAACUGUCCUUAUUAAUAAACAUAGACUUGGGGAAUAUUGCUCCCCGCAGAACGGUACUAUCCUCGGAAUGAUCUUAUCGCCCGACUUAGUAAUGUCGAAUGUCACCUCAAAGGCGGAAGACUCGCAUGUUCUAAUGGCGUAUACUCAGCACGAUUUCUACACCAAGUCUGUAAAUGAAUAUAGUCUCUAUGAAGAGCAAGGUACGAAAUUCGGUUUUGUCCAGGAAACGAUUAAUCUUAAAUUGGGAUGGAUAGAAAGCUGAAAAACGCGACAGGAGUAUCGCAUCUAUUCGUUAAAUGAAAAGCUGAGGAUUAUAUCCCCUCAAUGACCCCAAUUUGGCAACGAGCAAAACUACAUGGAGGACAUAUUUUUAAUUCGUUUUUAAAAUAUUGUUGACAUACAAUAUUAAACUGCAUAAAGUGUUAUUAUUAUUAUAAUUACGAAAACAUGAUAUAUAUUUCUUACUCUUUUAUGUCCUUCGGUGACUUAUUGCUGGUAUAGAUAACGAUAUACAGCCUUUGUUAUGUUGUUACUUUUUCUUUAAUAAAAUUUAUAAGUUUGACGCUCGAUAACUUCUUCGACUUGCUUAAUUCUACUCUUUAUGAGAAGAGAAUUACCAUAUAAUAAAUUUCUUAUUUUUAUUA